CUCUACAAUACGGCGUCUCUUUGAGGAAGAGAGAGAGUGAGAAAAAAGGUAGUAGCUUUUUUUUUAGUUACGGGUUCACACAUUCGAAGGGUAGGGUUUUAAUCUUACCUUCUUUCUCUCUCUCUAUCCAUUUCCCAAAACCUGAGAAACAAAAUUCUCUGAGAUUUAUUCAAAAAGUUUCAACAUUUUACAGAAAGCAGAAGCAAGAAAAAACCCUAAAAGGAAGCUAAUUUGUGUUUCACAAGCUCUUAAGAGUGUGAGCCCUAGCUUAGGUUUCUUGCUUUCUCUUACUUUACUGCUUGAUUCCUCUGAUUUUAAAACCCUAGUGAACCAAAUCUGUACCCAAGAUGUCUCAUUUUGCUUGAGGGCUGCUAAAGUUUCGAUUUUUAAGCGAUCCCUUCUGCUUCGAUGCCACUGCACAGUAAGCUCAUUUCGGUCAAGUAGGUGGGAGAAGAAGCUAUGGAAGGGGAUGAGCGAGGAGUCUUACUUGCUUGUGUAAUUUCGGGUACCCUUUUCACGGUUUUCGGUUUGGGUUCGUUUUGGAUACUUUGGGCUGUUAAUUGGCGGCCAUGGCGGCUCUAUAGCUGGAUCUUUGCUAGAAAAUGGCCAAAAGUAUUGCAAGGUCCUCAGCUUGAUGCACUAUGUGGUGUUCUAUCUCUUUUUGCUUGGAUUGUGGUAGUAUCCCCUAUUGCAAUCUUGAUAGGAUGGGGUUCCUGGUUGAUUUCGAUAUUGGAUCGAGAUAUCAUUGGGCUUGCGGUAAUAAUGGCUGGAACAGCCCUUUUACUGGCAUUCUACUCAAUCAUGCUUUGGUGGAGGACCCAGUGGCAAAGCUCAAGAGCUGUCGCUUUACUUCUCCUUCUUGGUGUUGCCUUACUCUGUGCGUAUGAACUUUGUGCUGUCUAUGUUACGGCUGGUGCGCAUGCAUCUCAGCAAUAUUCUCCUUCUGGUUUCUUUUUCGGUGUAUCAGCAAUCGCGUUGGCAAUUAACAUGCUGUUUAUCUGCCGCAUGGUCUUUAAUGGAAAUGGGUUAGAUGUGGAUGAAUAUGUAAGGAAGGCAUAUAAAUUUGCUUAUUCAGAUUGUAUAGAAGUGGGUCCUGUGGCUUGUUUGCCAGAACCUCCUGAUCCCAAUGAAUUAUAUCCCCGGCAAACCAGCAGGGCUUCACAUCUUGGCCUCCUCUACCUGGGCUCACUCGUAGUUCUCCUUGCCUACUCAGUCCUAUAUGGCCUCACAGCUAGGGAAUCACGUUGGCUUGGAGGAAUUACAUCAGCUGCAGUUAUUGUUCUUGACUGGAAUAUUGGGGCAUGCUUGUAUGGGUUUAAGCUUCUUCAAAAUCGUGUUCUGGCACUUUUUGUUGCUGGCACAUCUCGUCUUUUCCUAAUAUGUUUUGGCAUACACUACUGGUACCUAGGGCAUUGUAUUAGUUACAUUUUCGUAGCAUCAGUUCUAUCAGGUGCUGCUGUUUCCCGGCAUCUAUCAAUAACAGACCCAUCAGCUGCAAGAAGAGAUGCCUUACAGAGCACAGUGAUCCGCUUGAGAGAAGGUUUUCGGAGAAAGGAGCAGAAUAGUUCUUCAAGUUCUUCAGAUGGUUGUGGCUCAAGUAUGAAAAGAAGUAGUAGUAUCGAUGUUGGCCAUGCUGGUUGUACUAAUGAAGCUAAUCGUACCGCAGAAUCUUGCACGGCUGACAAUCUAACUCGAACAGGCAGCUCUCAGGAGGGAAUCAAUAGUGACAAAAGCGUAGAAAGUGGAAGACCAAGCUUAGGUUUACGUAGUAGUUCAUGUCGUUCUGUGGUCCAAGAGCCCGAAGCAGGAACGUCUUAUUUUCUGGAUAAAGUUUCUGAUCAGAAUAACACUCUUGUUGUUUGCUCUAGCAGUGGUCUAGAUAGCCAAGGUUACGAGUCUAGCACAUCGAAUUCUGCAAACCAGCAGCUUUUGGAUUUGAAUUUGGCUCUUGCUUUCCAGGACCAGUUAAACGAUCCUAGGAUAGCCUCGAUACUUAAAAAGAAAGCAAAAGAAGGUGAUCUUGAACUCACUAGUUUGCUGCAAGACAAGGGGUUGGACCCUAACUUUGCUGUAAUGCUGAAGGAAAAAAACUUGGAUCCAACUAUAUUGGCACUACUUCAGAGGAGUAGUUUGGAUGCAGAUAGAGAUCACCGCGACAAUACUGAUAUUACAAUCAUUGACUCAAACAGUGUUGACAAUACUUUGCCAAAUCAGAUUUCUUUAUCCGAAGAAUUGAGACUCCGUGGACUAGAGAAGUGGCUUAAGUUGUCUAGACUUCUUCUGCACCAUGUAGCGGGCACACCAGAGAGAGCAUGGGGCCUCUUUAGUCUUGUCUUUAUCCUUGAAACAAUCAUUGUGGCCAUUUUUCGCCCGAAGACCAUCACGAUUAUAAAUUCUAGUCAUCAACAGUUCGAAUUUGGUUUCUCUGUGCUGCUAUUGUCACCUGUUGUCUGUUCAAUAAUGGCUUUUCUUCGGUCUCUUCAAGUUGAGGAAAUGGCCUUGACAUCAAAAUCUCGCAAGUAUGGCUUUGUUGCCUGGCUUCUGAGCACUUCAGUUGGAUUGUCACUCUCGUUCUUGAGUAAAUCGUCAGUACUUCUGGGAAUAUCCUUGACUGUGCCCCUCAUGGCAGCAUGCCUGUCUAUUGCUGUUCCCAUAUGGAUGCAUAAUGGGUACCAAUUUUGGGUACCACAGUUAUCAUGUGGUGACCAGGCAAGAGAUUUACGAUCUCCCAGGAUAAAGGGGUUUAUUCUUUGGAUUUGUGUUGUGUUGUUUGCGGGAUCUGUAAUUGCUCUUGGCGCAAUUAUAUCUGCUAAACCUUUGGAUGAUUUAAAGUAUAAGCUGUUUAGUGCCAGAGAAAACAACGUCACGUCACCAUAUACAUCUUCUGUAUACCUUGGUUGGGCAAUGUCAUCUGGAAUUGCUUUAGUAGUUACCGCCAUUCUGCCAAUAGUUUCAUGGUUUGCAACUUAUAGGUUUUCCCACUCUUCUGCUGUCUGUCUCAUGAUAUUCUCAGUUGUUCUCGUGGCAUUUUGUGGAACAUCAUAUUUGGAAGUUGUGAAAUCUAGAGAUGAUCAGUUGCCCACAAAGGGUGAUUUCCUUGCGGCCUUGCUUCCACUUGCAUGCAUUCCGGCGCUGCUUUCACUAUGCUGUGGGAUGGUUAAAUGGAAGGACGAUUGUUGGAUAUUAUCUCGAGGUGUAUAUGUUUUUUUUUCAAUAGGUCUUCUUCUUCUUUUUGGUGCGAUAGCAGCUGUUAUUGCAGUCAAACCAUGGACGAUAGGCGUGUCUUUUCUCUUAGUUCUUUUCAUUAUGGUGGUAGCAAUUGGUGUAAUCCAUCUUUGGGCGUCAAACAAUUUCUAUUUGACCAGGAAACAGACAUCCUUUGUCUGCUUUCUUGCCCUUCUUUUGGGCUUGGCCGCAUUCCUUCUCGGAUGGCAUCAAGAUAAAGCAUUUGCUGGAGCAUCUGUUGGUUAUUUUACAUUCCUGUCUCUUUUGGCUGGAAGAGCAUUAGCUGUUCUUCUAUCCCCACCAAUUGUGGUAUAUUCUCCAAGGGUACUACCAGUAUAUGUCUACGAUGCUCAUGCUGAUUGUGGAAAGAAUGUCAGUGCUGCAUUUCUUGUCCUGUAUGGAAUUGCUUUGGCAACAGAAGGCUGGGGUGUUGUUGCUAGUCUGAUAAUAUAUCCUCCGUUCGCUGGUGCUGCUGUAUCAGCUAUCACCCUUGUAGUAGCCUUUGGGUUUGCUGUUUCUCGCCCGUGUUUGACUCUUGAGAUGAUGGAGGUUGCUGUACGUUUUCUUAGCAAGGAUACUAUAGUGCAAGCUAUCUCUCGAUCUGCCACGAAAACAAGAAAUGCUCUAUCCGGCACGUAUUCAGCUCCCCAAAGGUCCGCCAGCUCUGCAGCUCUUCUGGUUGGGGACCCCUCUGCAAUGCGUGAUAAAGCAGGGAAUUUUGUGCUUCCUAGAGAUGAUGUCAUGAAAUUAAGGGAUCGUCUCAGGAACGAAGAAAGAGUUGCUGGAUCAAUCUUCUACAAAAUGCAAUGCAGGAAAGGAUUCCGUCAUGAACCACCUACAAAUGUAGAUUACAGAAGAGACAUGUGUGCCCAUGCAAGAGUUUUGGCGCUGGAAGAGGCAAUUGAUACAGAAUGGGUGUAUAUGUGGGACAAGUUUGGUGGUUAUUUACUACUAUUGUUAGGUUUGACAGCUAAGGCGGAGAGAGUUCAGGAUGAGGUACGGUUGCGGCUUUUCUUAGAUAGCAUUGGGUUCUCGGACUUAAGUGCCAGAAAAAUCAGUAAAUGGAAGCCAGAGGAUAGAAGACAAUUUGAAAUUAUUCAAGAGAGUUAUCUGAGAGAGAAAGAGAUGGAAGAGGAAAGCCUUAUGCAGAGACGUGAAGAAGAAGGGAGAGGCAAAGAAAGAAGGAAAGCUCUUUUGGAGAAGGAAGAACGCAAAUGGAAGGAAAUUGAAGCUUCCCUUAUUCCAUCUAUUCCUAAUGCUGGUAGCAGGGAGGCAGCAGCCAUGGCAGCUGCAAUACGUGCUGUUGGGGGUGAUUCUGUCCUUGAGGAUUCCUUUGCAAGAGAGAGAGUCUCGGGUAUUGCACGUAGGAUACGCACUGCUCAACUAGAACGUCGCGCACAACAGACUGGAAUAUCUGGGGCAGUUUGUGUUCUUGAUGAUGAACCUAUGAUAAGUGGUAAACAUUGCGGCCAAAUGGACUCAAGUGUCUGUCAAAGUCAGAAGAUUAGCAUUUCCGUUACAGCAAUGAUCCAAUCCGAGUCUGGACCUGUAUGCCUUUUUGGCACUGAAUUUCAAAAGAAAGUCUGUUGGGAGAUUCUGGUUGCUGGUUCUGAGCAAGGAAUUGAGGCUGGCCAAGUUGGGCUUAGGUUGAUAACAAAAGGUGAGAGGCAGACAACCGUGGCUAGAGAGUGGUAUAUUGGUGCAACCAGCAUAACUGAUGGAAGGUGGCAUACAGUGACAAUCACAAUUGAUGCUGAUGCGGGGGAAGCUACUUGUUACGUAGAUGGUGGGUUUGAUGGCUACCAGACUGGGUUACCCCUAAGUAUUGGUAGUGCCAUUUGGGAACAAGGAGCUGAAGUUUGGUUAGGUGUUAGGCCACCUAUAGAUGUUGAUGCAUUCGGGAGAUCAGAUAGUGAUGGAGUCGAAUCAAAGAUGCAUAUUAUGGAUGUUUUCCUUUGGGGGAAAUGUUUAAGUGAAGACGAGGCCGCUUCUUUGCAUGCGGUGAUUGGCAUGGCUGACUUAGACAUGAUUGAUUUGUCUGAUGACAAUUGGCAGUGGACGGAUUCACCCCCUAGAGUUGAUGGUUGGGAUAGUGAUCCUGCCGAUGUUGAUCUCUAUGAUAGGGAUGACGUAGAUUGGGAUGGACAAUUUUCCAGUGGGAGGAAAAGAAGAUCAGGUCGGGAUUUUGUAAUGAGUGUCGAUUCCUUUGCUAGGAGACACAGGAAACCCAGGAUGGAGACACAAGAAGAUAUGAAUCAAAGAAUGCGUUCAGUUGAGUUGGCUGUCAAAGAAGCUCUCUCUGCACGAGGUGAUAAGCAAUUUACUGACCAGGAAUUUCCUCCAAAUGAUCGCUCUUUAUUUGUGGAUACACAAAAUCCCCCUUCAAAAUUGCAGGUUGUUUCUGAAUGGAUGAGACCUGACUCCAUUGUAAAAGAGAACGGUAGUGAUUCCCGUCCCUGCCUGUUCUCCGGGGAUGCAAAUCCUUCAGAUGUUUGCCAGGGGCGUUUGGGGGAUUGUUGGUUCUUAAGCGCCGUUGCAGUUUUGACAGAGGUUUCACGAAUAUCUGAAGUGAUCAUUACUCCUGAAUACAACGAGGAAGGGAUCUACACUGUUCGUUUUUGUAUUCAGGGUGAGUGGGUUCCUGUUGUGAUCGAUGACUGGAUACCAUGUGAAUCACCUGGUAAACCAGCUUUUGCUACUAGCAAAAAGCUCAAUGAACUCUGGGUCUCCAUAGUGGAGAAAGCAUAUGCCAAGCUCCAUGGUUCUUAUGAGGCACUGGAGGGGGGACUGGUUCAGGAUGCUCUUGUUGACCUAACUGGAGGAGCUGGUGAGGAGAUUGACUUGCGGAGUGCUCAAGCACAAAUUGAUCUUGCAAGUGGCAGAUUAUGGUCUCAAUUGUUACGCUUUAAACAAGAAGGGUUCUUACUUGGUGCUGGAAGUCCAUCAGGAUCUGAUGUUCAUGUAUCUUCCAGUGGCAUUGUGCAAGGGCAUGCUUACUCCGUCUUACAGGUGAGAGAGGUCGAUGGGCACAGACUUGUUCAGAUCCGAAAUCCAUGGGCUAAUGAAGUUGAGUGGAAUGGUCCCUGGUCAGACACAUCCCCAGAGUGGACUGAUAGGAUGAAGCACAAGCUGAAGCAUAUUCCACAGUCAAAAGAAGGUAUAUUCUGGAUGUCCUGGCAAGAUUUCCAGAUUCAUUUCAGAUCAAUAUAUGUUUGUCGGGUUUACCCCCGUGAGAUGCGCUACUCUGUACAUGGCCAAUGGCGAGGGUAUAGUGCCGGUGGCUGCCAAGAUUAUAGCUCAUGGCAUCAAAAUCCACAAUUCAGGCUGAGGGCAACUGGUUCUGAUGCAUCUUUGCCAAUUCAUGUGUUCAUCACCUUAACUCAGGGCGUAGGUUUCUCAAGAACAACUCCUGGAUUUCGUAACUACCAAUCAAGCCAUGAUUCACAGUUGUUCUAUAUCGGAAUGAGGAUUCUUAAAACUCGUGGACGUCGUGCUGCUUACAACAUAUUUCUUCAUGAAUCUGUUGGUGGAACAGACUAUGUGAAUUCCCGGGAGAUAUCAUGCGAAAUGGUUCUUGACCCUGAUCCUAAGGGUUAUACUAUUGUCCCAACCACUAUACACCCUGGGGAAGAAGCACCUUUUGUCCUUUCAGUCUUUACAAAAGCAUCCAUUGUUCUUGAAGCUUUGUAGUGCCCGUAUAGUCAGAUGGUCUCACAUCAACCGGCAUGCCAUGAAAUCAUCCAAGUGCUUGUGUUGUUUAUGGAACCAGACGGCUUAUGUCUCAAUGUUAAGACUUUGUUUGCCCACGAUCAGCAACAUUAGAGAAGCGUCUGAUCUGAUAGCUGGCCAUCAUCUGGUGAAUCUUUGAAGUCUCGGGAUGAAAUGUUUUAUUUAUUGUCCUGAUUUGAACCACGAAGCUAACUGCUGAGAGGAUAACUUGCACUGGAGAAAGCGCUUUUCAGGCAUGGCUAACCGGCAUUCCAUCUCAAUCUUGAGACAUGCAUCAAAUGUACAUUUGUAGGUAUUGCGACAAGUACAGAUUUAUUAAAUGUAGAAUAACUACUUCAUAAACAAGGAGAGAAAUAGGAGACUUGUGACUUGUUAGGUAAAUGUUUGGUACUCGGUAGUGGUAGCUGCAGUUUUGGUUGGUGUGUUGUAAUAUCCAGACACUAAUCUGUGUGCAGAUUUCGUUUCCACUCUAAUAUAUAAGCACUCUCUACCUC